AUGGGAUGGAUGUCGGGCAUGCGCUUUCUGCAGGUGCAGAGAGCCGCUGUUGCCGACCCAACGCGAGCCUCGGAAUGGGCCGGCAAAAAGCUGUGUUGGGUACCCCAUGAAAAAGAGGGAUUCGUCGCAGGAACCAUAAAACAGGAAACAAACGACGAAGUCAUCGUUGAAAUAUGCGACUCCGGCAAGACUGUAACGAUUAGCAAAGAUGAUGUUCAGAAGGCUAACCCUCCAAAAUUCGACAAGGUGGAGGAUAUGUCUGAGUUGACACAUUUGAACGAGGCUUCUGUUUUGCACAAUCUCAAAGAGCGUUAUUUUAGUUCUCUUAUUUAUACAUAUUCGGGUCUCUUCUGCGUUGUGGUCAAUCCGUAUAAACGACUGCCCAUCUACUCAGAGAGUUUGAUCGAACAAUUCAAAGGGAAGAAGAGGCACGAAAUGCCGCCUCAUAUAUUCGCCAUAGCCGACUCUGCCUAUCGUUCUAUGUUACAGGAUCGCGAAGAUCAGUCAAUUCUUUGCACAGGAGAAUCUGGUGCUGGUAAGACCGAAAAUACGAAGAAAGUUAUCCAGUAUCUGGCUCAUGUAGCCGGUGUAACGAGAUCGAAAGGAGGAUCGCAGACUUCUAUCUCGCCAGCUAAAAACGACAUGUAUCGGAACUCGAUCGGUGAAUUAGAGCAUCAACUGCUCCAGGCGAAUCCUAUCUUAGAAGCGUUUGGUAACAGCAAGACUGUGAAGAAUGACAAUUCAUCCCGUUUUGGUAAAUUCAUUCGCAUCAAUUUCGACAUGUCCGGUUACAUAUCAGGUGCAAACAUUGAAUUCUAUUUGCUCGAGAAGUCGAGGACGUUGCGACAAGCUCCAGAGGAGCGAAGCUUCCAUAUUUUCUAUCAGCUCCUUCGCGGUACUGGGUCUUCGGAGAAAGCCACUUAUCUUCUGGAAGACAUUGAUAAGUAUCGGUUCCUUGUAAAUGGAAACAUCACAUUGCCAAAUGUCGAUGAUGCCCAAGAAUUCCAGAACACGCUCAAAUCUAUGAGAAUCAUGGGUUUUGCUGAGGACGAGAUUACAUCGGUGCUUCGUGUUGUUUCUGCAACAAUUCUUAUGGGGAACCUCGAAUUCACACAGGAGAAAAAGUCUGACCAAGCCAUACUUCCUAAUGAUAAGGUCAUCCAGAAAGUUUGUCAUCUACUUGGCUUACCUGUGAUUGAGUUGACAAAAGCGUUCUUGAGGCCCCGAAUCAAGGUCGGUCGUGAAUUUGUGAAUAAAGCCCAAAACAAGAAACAAGCCGAGUUCGCAGUUGAAGCCAUUGCCAAAGCUUCUUAUGAGCGUAUGUUCAAGUGGUUGGUGAAUCGUAUAAACAAGUCCUUGGAUAGAACGCGUCGUCAAGGUGCAUCAUUCAUUGGAAUUCUCGAUAUUGCUGGGUUUGAAAUCUUCGAGUUGAAUUCAUUUGAGCAGCUUUGCAUUAAUUUCACAAACGAGAAGCUUCAACAACUUUUCAACAACACCAUGUUUGUUUUGGAACAGGAAGAAUACCAAAGAGAAGGAAUCGAAUGGCAAUUCAUUGAUUUUGGGCUUGACCUUCAGCCGACAAUUGACUUAAUCGAGAAACCAAUGGGUCUGCUAGCUUUGCUUGAUGAGCAAUGUCUAUUCCCAAAGGCAACCGACAAAACGCUUGUGGAGAAGCUUCAAAAGACUCACAGCAACCAUCCGAAGUUCAUUGUUCCGGAUAUGCGUGCAAGGAGCGAUUUCGCUGUUGUACAUUAUGCAGGUCGCGUUGACUAUUCCGCUGACCAGUGGUUGAUGAAGAACAUGGACCCUCUCAACGAAAAUGUCGUUGCCCUCAUGCAAAGUUCAACGGACCCGUUUGUGUGCAAUAUCUGGAAAGAUGCUGAAUUCGCCGGAAUUUGUGCAACUGAAAUGAACGAUACAGCGUUCGGUGUACGAGCCAAAAAAGGGAUGUUCAGGACUGUAUCCCAGCUCCACAAAGAACAACUUACACGUUUAAUGACUACUUUAAGAAAUACUAGCCCUCACUUUGUUAGGUGCAUCAUACCGAACCACGAGAAGAAGGCUGGCAAAAUCAAUUCAAUGCUCGUACUUGAACAACUUCGUUGCAAUGGUGUGCUAGAGGGCAUUCGAAUUUGUAGACAAGGUUAUCCAAACAGAGUUCCAUUCCAAGAAUUCCGGCACCGGUACGAAAUAAUUACGCCAAACGUGAUUCCUCGUGGAUUCAUGGAUGGUAAAGAAGCAGUAAAGAAGAUGCUCGAGUCUCUGGAGGUUGACACAAAUUUAUAUCGUAUCGGGCAGUCAAAGCUGUUCUUCAGGACGGGUGUUCUUGCUCAUCUUGAAGAAGAAAGGGACGUGAAACUAACAUAUCUCAUCAUCAAAUUCCAAGCUGAAUGUCGUGCAUCCCUUGCCAGGCUGCUCUACAUGAAAAGGAUGCAGCAGUCGAAUGCUAUUCGCGUUCUACAACGUAAUGGUUUGGCAUGGAUGAAGUUGAGGAAUUGGCAAUGGUGGAGAUUAUUUACGAAGGUCAAACCUCUUCUACAAGUCACGAAUCAGGAGGCUGCUAUAUCUGCGAAGGAAGACGAGCUUCGUUCUAUAAGAGAGAAAUUGGAGAACGUAGAAAUAGAAUAUCGCGACAGUUUAAGCAAGAUUGAUCAGGUGACUACGGAAAGAAAUAUACUGCAAGAUCAAUUGCAACAGGAGGCUGAUAAUAACGCUGAACUCGAAGAAGUGAAGAAUCGCCUCCAGCUCAAAAACGAGCUCGAAGAUAUGGUCAAUGAGAUGCGUGACCGUCUUGUUGAAGAAGAACAACGAACAGAAAAAACUGUUCAAGAGAAGAAAAAGCUCGUUGAAACCGUCCGUGAUCUAGAGGAACAACUGGAACAGGAAGAGCAAGCUCGUCAAAAGCUUCAGCUUGAUAAGGCCAACGUUGACCAGCGACUCAAGAACGUUGAGACGAAAUUGGUUGACAUCACCGAUUCGCAUGACAAAUUACUUAAAGAAAAACGAAUGCUAGAGGAUAAAAUGAAUCAGCUCAAUGCGCAGCUCACCGAGGAGGAAGAACGUGUGAAACAAGUUGGAAGACAGCGAACCAAGCUUGAGCAAGAGCUUCUACGUGAGCGACAACUUAAGAACGACGUAGAACAACAGAAAAGAAAGCUCAUAAGCGAGUUGGAGGAUAGCCGCGAUUUACUGGAAGAGAAACGCAAUAAGUUGGAAGAACUCAGCGGUCAGCUUAUGAAGAGAGAAGAAGAGUUAUCUCAAGCGCUUACGAGAUCUGACGAAGAGUCCGCUACCAUAGCCCUUCUCCAAAAACAAAUUCGCGACAUGCAAGAGACUAUCGAUGAACUUCGUGAAGACAUCGAAACUGAAAGGAUGGCCCGCAAUAAGGCCGAAAUUGCUCGUCGAGAGGCUGUCGCCCAGUUAGAGAAAGUUAAAGGCGAUAUGCUCGACAAAGUUGACGAGACCAGUGUCCUACAGGAUAUUAUGAGAAGGAAAGAGGAUGAGGUUCGCGAUCUCAAGAAAGCUCUCGAGUCCACGAGCCAUGCUCUCGAGAAUAAACUCGAGGAACAAAAACAGAAGUAUAGUAAUCAGAUCGAAGAACUUCAUGAGAAGGUGGAGCAACAGAAGAAGCUCAGUUCUCAACUGGAAAAGAAUAGGCAUCAGUUGGAGAAUGAAAGGGCAGAGUUGUCACAAGAGUUGGCUACUUUGCAAGCUCAGAAAUCUGAAGCUGAUAAACGCAGAAAGCAGCAGGAAUCACAGCUGAUGGAUCUACAGUCACAACUUUCUGAAUGUGAUGAACAUCGUGUGCAAGCACUGGAGCAACUCGAAAGGGUAUUAUAUACUUCAUGUGCGUGCCAUGCUUUUGGAACAGUAAUGCUUCAUAUGAUAUAUAAGAUGAUGCUUGGUGAUUUGCAGGAGGAAACUCGUGCUAAACUGGCGCAAAUCAAUCGGGUUCGGCAACUAGAGGAAGAAAAAGCUGCAAUUAUCGAGGAACGUGAUGAAAUUGACGCAGCUCGUCAACACAUGGAGCGUGAUACUCAUCAGCUGCGCGCACAGCUCGCUGAGGUUCGAAAGAAGGCUGAUGAAGGAGUGAUUCAGCACGUGGAAGAGUUGAGGAAGAAAGCCCAACGUGACUUAGAGAACUGCCAACACUUGCUUCAAGAAAGCGAGGCAGCAAAAGAGCGACUCGUUCAAGCCAAGAAGAAACUGCAGCAAGAGUUGGAAGAUGCCAACAUUGAACUUGAAAAUGUUCGCACAGCUUCGAGGGAGAUGGAGAAGAGACAAAAGAAAUUCGACAUGCAGUUGGCCGAGGAGCGAGCAAAUGUGCAGAAGGUGACUCUUGAACGCGACACUCAUGCACAAGAAUUACGGGGCCGCGAAACUAGAAUACUUUCACUUACAAAUGAACUUGAACAGCUCAAGGGAGCGAUGGACGAAAGCGAAAGAGUUCGCCGCAUGCUCCAGUUAGAGCUAGACGAAUCAAUCUCUUCCAAAGAUGACGUUGGAAAAAAUGUGCAUGAAUUGGAAAAGUCAAAACGUCAGUUGGAACAGACUGUUCAAGAGCAGAAGGUUACGAUAGAAGAUCUUGAAGAUCAACUUGGGCUUUCCGAGGAUGCAAGACUUCGUCUUGAAGUUAACAUCCAGGCUCUGCGUGCAGAAAAAGAGCGCAAUCUCACUGCAAAAGACCUGGAAGCUGAAGAUAAACGCAGAGGUCUUGUGAAGCACCUUCGCGAGAUCGAACAGGAACUCCAGAACGAGAGGCGUAGCAAAUCUAUUGCAAUUAAUCAGAAGAAAAAGAUGGAAGCUCGUAUAGCUGAAAUAGAGCAGCAGCUCGAUGCUGCGAAUCGUCUCAAGGAUGAUUAUAAUAAACAGUUGAAGAAGAACCAGCAAAUGAUGAAGGAGUGUCAGCACGGUAGUGAAGAAGCGCGACAAACGAAGGAAGAAUUCUCUUCACAGCUUAGAGAAAUCGAGCGGAGGUUGCGAUCAGCUGAGGGGGAGAAUCAACGUCUAGCCGAAGCAAAUGCAAUGUUAAUUGCUCAAAAAAGGCAAUUAGAGCAGGAGAAGGACGAGUUGGAGGAGUAUCGUAGCCGUGGAGGUGCAAUAUCAACCGAGGAUAAACGACGUCUAGAACAAAAGGUGGCCCAGUUAGAAGAGGAGCUCGAGGCGGAACAAAACAGUACCGACAUGGCUAUAGAUAAACAUCGUAAAGCACAACAACAGUUGGAGCAAAUCACCACUGAGUUAUCUAUGGAAAGGUCAAAUAUUCAAAAAUCGGAGUCCGAACGGCAGUGCCUUGAACGCCAGAAUCGCGAGCUAAAGGCAAAGCUGGCUGAGCUUGAAAGUUCGGCGCAGUCACGAGCUCGAGCGCAGGUCGCUGCGCUUGAAGCAAAAAUCCAAAAUUUAGAAGAACAAAAUAGCAUCGAAAUUCAGGAACGCCAGAAUGCAAUGCGACAGUUUAGACGAAUAGAAAAGCGUCUCCAUGACACAAUGGUACAGCUUGAGAAUGAAAGGCGAAACGUUGAGCAGCAGAGGGAAACGAUAGAAACUUGCCAUUCGCGUGCAAAACAAAUGCGUCGUCAAUUGGAUGAGCAAGAAGAAGAGAUGACACGAGAGCGUGCUAGGUCGAGGAAUCUUCAGCGAGAAAUUGAUGACCUCACUGAAGCUAACCAUACGCUCACACGGGAAAAUAAUAACUUACGAACUCGAGAAGGUGUUCGACUUCGGCCAGCGUAUCAACUUCCCGGAUCUAGCGACAAUUUAGCUAGAAACGAUGAUGAAAAUGGUAGUAUAGCUGGAAGUGAAUUCGUUUCCUAG